GUGACUUGAUUCGAGCAUUGUCCAAUUAUCUGCUAGCAGCAUUUAUCCAGCGCUACGACCCGUCUCGUCAUCGGCAACUUGGAGACAUGGAUGAAUACGUGUAAAAAAAUAUCAAUCUGGAAUAUUAAUUUGACGGAAAAAGAUUUCUCGUUCAUCAAAAAGCAUCGCUCGUUUUUCGAAAAAAGGGAAGAAAACACUCGUUUGGAAUUUUGCGGCUCCGUUAAAGAUUCACGCAACCCUAUUUUGAGGCGCUAAUUGCGCUUGUGUGUACUAUCAGUUGCGACUGUUCGCGUGAGCGCUUGCGUGUGAAUCUGAUUACAAAUCUGCAGAAAAAGACGGAGACCUCCACACAACGGAAACUGAGGGCAGGCUCCAGAGAGAGUCAAUUGAUUUCGCUCUCUUUCUGGAGCUCGAGGAGAUACAUUUACGAGCUUUUGCCAGCCAGGCUGUCUGUCAAACAGUCUGUCAGAGCAAUCAACUGUUGCUGCGACCGAGCGAUUAAAGGGACCCAACAUUUCAAAGGUUCUGAUGUGGUUUUGAAUUUGGCAUGGCGCGGUAAUGGGUGUGUGAUUCAAGCACCCCAGCCCUAUGGACACUCAGUUGCGUGUGACUAAAUUGUUUAGUAACAUGGAAGAAAGACUAUUGCCAAUAGUGAUGCAUUGGUUACCCUCGGGUGCUUGGUUUUGAUAUCGCAGACGACUCAUACAGAAUGACCAGUCUCUUCACGGCUCCUGGCGGUUUUGGUACGGGCUUAUUGUUUUUUUUGUUUUAAGGUUUGAAAGACUUCACAACAGACAAUAAAACAGGCACAUCGUCUUAAGAUCACCGUUGGAUUUACAGUCGCAUUUUGUGUGUGUGUUUUUUUUUUUUUUUUUGACCUUGCCCGUCUCUAAAGCAGUCCAAAUGUUGAUGAUGGAGAACAACGGAAUGGAAGCGCAUCAGGUUGAACUCGAGACGGAUUACGAGCCGCACAGCCGCCCGCGGUCCUGCACUUGGCCACUGCCGUGUCCGGACGAUUUUACAGGGGGAGAAGAGGAAAACUGCGGUCUGCCCCUGGUAUCCGUGAAAGUGGAGCCGUACAACGUGCCAGCCUGCCGGGGCGAGAGAAGUGGAGGCGCGCCGACUGAGCUGAAGCAUCCAGCCGGCGCCCCUGCCCCUAUUGCAGCUGCCCCCGCGUGCAUGUCGGGCGCCGCGCUUGAUGUGGCCGGACAGUUGCGGAAAUCCAAGUCCUCGCGACGGAACGCGUGGGGCAAUCAGUCCUACGCGGAUCUCAUCACGCGUGCUAUCGAGAGCACCCCCGAAAAGCGCCUCACGUUAUCCCAGAUUUAUGACUGGAUGGUCCGCUUUGUGCCAUAUUUCAAGGAUAAAGGGGACAGCAAUAGUUCCGCGGGCUGGAAGAACUCCAUCCGACACAACCUGUCCCUGCACACGCGAUUCAUCCGGGUCCAGAACGAGGGAACGGGCAAGAGCUCCUGGUGGAUGCUGAACCCAGAAGGUGGGAAGAUGGGUAAGGGCCCGCGGCGGCGUGCCGCCUCCAUGGACAACGGUACUCGCUACCUGAAGAGCCGAGGCCGGAUCAGCCGCAAGAGAGCUGUGGGGAUGGGCCGCGGGCCUGUGGCCGGCUCUGGCAUGCAGGGGUCACCGGAGCAUGCUAGCCCGGCCGGCAAGGCGGGCCUGGGGGUGGGCGGCGAGGAGUUCGAUGCCUGGACAGACCUGCACUCCAGGACCAGCUCGUCGGCAUCCACACUGAGCGGCUGCCUGUCACCCAUCCUGGCGGAAACGGAGCCGGAUGAGCCGGAGGAGGGUGGGCUGUCCUGCUCGGCUUCGCCCCGCCUCUACCCGAGCCCCACCAGCACCCGGUCGCCCGCCCUGGGCACGGGGGGCCACUGCCCUUCGGUGGAGCUCCCUCAACUGGCUGACCUCACAGGGGCCAUCAGCCUGGAAGAGGGCUUCUCCCAGCCGCCGCAGCUUAAAUGCAACGGCUACCAUUACGGCCCGGGUCCGAAGGGGGAGACGUCGUACUGUGGCACCGUCUAUGGUCAGCCUUCCAUGGGCAUGCUGCGCCUCCACGCCCCUAUGCAGACCAUCCAGGAAAACAAGCCAACCAGCUUCCAGCGCCCCCUGAGGGCUUACUCAGAGAACAACGCUCUGGAGAGCCUGUUAGCCGGUGGGCCGCAGUACUGCGGCAAGGACAUGGUGGUGGGACAAGGAGGGACGUCCCACGGGCUGCUGCCCCGGCCCAGUAGUGGAGUGCACUCUCACAGCCACAAUCAGAACAGCGCUCACAAUCCGAGCCAGACUGCCAUCCCCAGGCCGAGCCUGCACGGCGAACACGGGCCGGUGCACGAGCAGAACCCCAGCCAUCGCCGCAGCCACAAUGCCAGCAAGCACCACCCGAGCCUCGACUACAACCACGGUCCCAAACAUCUCCCGGGUCACGACUACGGACGAGCUCACGAGCACGGCCACAAGCUCAACCCCAGCCAGAAUCCGAACCACAUGCACGGCCACGUGCCGCACGCCACCUCCAGACAGCCGGCUCUGUCCCCUGGCGUCAACGGGGACAUGCUGCAGCCGUACAACCACAAAUCCUCCAGCCUGUAUGGCCCUCGCGCACACCUUCCCUCCACCUCACUGCCUCCCAACCCCGCCGCCGCCCUGGACGUGCCCCAGGACCCCUGCCGCCUGGCCUCCGCCCCUCAGCCGCGCCACCAGCCCUACCCGGGUGCCCACAACAACCACCAGGGCAUGACGGAGCCCUGGCACGGCUACUACCACCACCACCCGUCGCAGAGUGCCAGUUACCACGCCGGCCACCAGCCCGGCCCCCACCAGCCUCCCGGCGGCCGCCUGCAGCAGCCCGGGGUGGAGAUGGAGGUCCAUCAGAGCAGCUUGGACUGCGACGUGGAGUCCGUCCUUCUCAACGACUUCAUGGACUCUGCCGAGGGAAUGGACUAUAACUACGACGGUUCGCUGCCGCAGGGCGUCGGCAUGGGCCUCGGUCUGGGGAUGGGGAUGGGGGUGUUUGCGGGACCUCCACAGUCACAUAACGCCCAGAGCUGGGUGCCUGGCUAAAACUGUUGCGUGUGGAUGGGAGGGGGACACUCACACAGACACUCACAGGAAAACUUCACCCAUGGAGCCUUGCGAGGGGCGAGGGGGGAAGCUGAUCAGGUCCGGACCGAUCCGACCGGGAAUUCCUUCCGCCCUGGAGACAGGACGUCUCUUUAGGGCCGUCCGGUCGCUGGUGUGAUUACAGUUUGUGUCGGGACGUGGAGUUGCGUCUCUUCCUCUUUCCUCCCUCCCUCUUUUUGUGUUUCUCUGCCGUGGGUUCGUGUGAUAGCAUCCUUCUGGCCCAGCGUGCCGUCCUCGUCCUUCUCUCCGUCCUUCGGUUCGCUCUCGAUCCAUUGCUGUCAUCUCCUGGUCAAAAGCUCUCAAGCACUUUACAUCCAUCUCCAUUCGAUCAGGUGCGGUAACGGCUACCCUGCGCCGCGGUGAUUCACAGCGUCCGCCGGCCCAGGUUUAAUGUAUGCAAACGGCUCUGUUAUCCUUCCAGAACAAGAAAAAUUAGCAUUGUGGCCCCUCCUUCCCCCUUUUGUAUUCAAGUGCAGGGUAGAGAAGUAGAUGUCUGCUCUGUCCGGCGCUCACGUAUAGGUGUUGGGUGCGUGCGUCUGCGCGAGUCGAGAACGCACGUGUAUCUCAAAGAUCACGGGCGAGGGCGGGCGAGUGGGCGGCGUUUCCGUGUAGCGGGAGGGACUUCCACCUGGGGUCACUGUGCAUCGCUCGUCUUGAAGAGGCCCACCGGCCGGGCCCUCCGUCACGGGCCUGGGAGAGUCAUCAGUCAGUCCCGCUCCAUUGAUAUUCACCAUAUCCUGUUUAAUCUCUAAAGUACUGCACCAGCUAUGCAUCACCACUGCAAAUCGAAUGCGACACUCAUGCUCGGAGAGCUUUUUUUUUCUUUAGUUUUCUUUCUUUCUUUUUAAUUUUUUUUUUCGUACCCCAGACACACCAGCUUAAUGUGUUUUGGCUAAAGUGAUGAUUAAAGUCACUCUGCAGCAAGGGGGGGGGGGACUGAAGCGAGGGAAUGUGAAAAAGCAAAAGAGAGAGGGAGAGAGAAAGAGAGAGAGGCAGACAGAUGCAGAGCGAGGGAGCAAGAGAGCAGAAAUGCAAAUAUUCACCGUUCCCCCUUUCUCCCCCAUUCCGUGGAUUUAUGUAGCUUUCCUUAUAAUGAGAUAAGGAACGAUCGGAGGCUAGCGCGCUUCCUGAGCGAAGCUCUCUCCCGCGCACCUCCGGCCGACCGCACUGUGGCAGCCGCCUGUGAGCUACGAGCACUUGGAGGCAGACGCUCCGAUCUGGCUACCUUUGUGGAUUGCGUUAUCGUUAGACUAUGCAGCGUUACUUUAGAUAAUCGAAGCUGAUUUAUCAGUCCUGAAGCCUCGCUAUCCCUCAUUAACUUUGCACUAUCAAUCCUAAUUUAAAUCAGAUCUAGAAUUUAGGGAACACAACUUUUAAUGACUUAGUGUGACUCUGUGUAGUAAAAUAAUUUGGACUCGUGGGAUGAUAGCACUGCCGGAAAGUGACACUAUAUACCCAAGCCCAGUCAGACCCUCUUCAGAGAAUAGCCACAUUACACCGUCUUUAGAGUUUACACUGGUGAAUUGCACGCUAAUUAUCACAGUCAGCAGAUAGAAAAUGGGUGCUAUCUUCCUUUUGCACACAUGCUCCUAUCAUAUCAUCUUCGUGGCGUGAUUACACCGGGGGAGACAGUGGAAGUAAUUAGGUGCCCACCAAGAGUGAUGAUCUGUGUUUAUGUUCCAUUUUAGAACACGGCACAACAUCGAUUCAGUGAUGUCACAAUUCAUCCGCUCGAAUUGUGACAUCACACCGCCACGCCACAGCAUCCCGUGCUCAUCCAGUGAGACUUCCUGUUGCCGAGGUCCUGUGCGGCCACCCAGACGUAACUUACUUUUGCUUUAUUAUGGAUGUUAUGUAAUUGUGUGAUUUUCUUGUGGAAAAAAAAACAAACAAACAAACAAACAAACAAAGAAAAAAAAUCAUUGGCAGUUGUUUUUAACACGAUCCCUAUAUGCAGAUGGGUCAGUCUGGGUGGACAGAUCUCAGACGCUGGCCUCCUAAUUCACUCCAGUUCUGAUAUGAUAUGAGAAAAGUAGACAGGGAGAGAGCAGAAGAGCGAGGAGGAGGGGCUGAGUGGAGGAGACUGAUCGAUAGACUGACAGAGAGAGACGGAUUAGAAAGUGAAUGAGUUGAAAAAGAGAGCAAUAGUACGCCAGAGAGAAAAAAUGAACUGAUAGGAAGAGAGAGAGAGAGAGAGAGAGAGAGAGAGAGAGAGAGAGAGAGAGAGA